UGUGUGGGGAAGCCAAGUAGGAUGAGGGUAGCAGCGCGUGCAUGUAAAGUACAAAAAGUAGGCAGGCACAUGUGUUUGUCAGCACAGAUUCCCUCCCACUUGACAGUCUGCCUAUCUCAUCUCUUUAGUGCGCCUCUUCAAACACCUCUCUCUCGUAGUUUCUAGUUCCACCACCUCCACUCUCUCUCGGGUGUUUGACCAUGGCUUCCCUGAUUGAAUCUGCUUGGACGUAUCUGGUUACAAAUUUCAAUGACUUUCAAUUGGCUUGUCUUGGAAGUUUCUUUCUUCAUGAAAGUGUUUUCUUCUUGUCUGGACUUCCUUUCAUUCUUCUCGAAAGGGCAGGAUGGUUGAGCAAAUACAAAAUUCAGACAAAAAAUAAUACCCCAGCAGCUCAGGAGAAAUGUAUCACUCGCCUGUUGCUGUAUCAUUGUUGUGUUAAUCUCCCACUUAUGAUGGCAUCCUAUCCCGUCUUUAAGUUAAUGGGGAUGCGAAGUACUCUCCCGUUGCCAUCCUGGAAAGUGAUCUCCACGCAAGUAUUUUUCUACUUUAUCCUGGAGGAUUUUGUAUUCUAUUGGGGACACAGGAUCUUACAUACUAAAUGGCUCUAUAAGCAUGUCCACAGCGUCCAUCACGAGUAUGCAACACCAUUUGGAUUGACUUCUGAAUAUGCUCACCCUGCUGAAAUUCUCUUCCUGGGAUUUGCUACAAUAGUGGGUCCAGCCAUCACUGGGCCCCAUUUGAUAACAUUAUGGUUGUGGAUGGUACUUAGGGUCCUUGAGACAGUUGAAGCACAUUGUGGUUACCAUUUCCCCUGGAGCCUCUCAAACUUCUUGCCAUUAUAUGGGGGGGCUGAUUUUCAUGACUAUCAUCACCGAUUGCUCUAUACAAAGUCUGGAAACUAUUCCUCAACAUUUGUUUACAUGGACUGGUUAUUUGGUACUGACAAGGGUUACAGAAGAUUGAAGGAGCUGAAGAGUGAUGCAUGUGAAACUGAGGGAAAAGAAAUGUAGAGUGAUAAGGGUAUGUUUUGGCUGGCAUCAGAAGAUGGAUUUCUGGCUCAAGAGCAUAUAGGUAAAGGUUUCUGUUGUUGAACCUCGAUCUUAUGCUUGUGUUAAAUGUAGUUUUGACUCAAUGUCGUGUAUUCUGUAGUAUCAGUUAGAUCUUAGAAGCAUGUCUUGGAGAAUUUUCUCCUUGCAAACGUGUCCGCCUUCUAUUGGCCCUUUAGAUAAUUCAAGUUCCAUUCUUUACCAUGUUUGAGAUGCUACUUCUCAUUGAUGGACCUAUUUUGUUGAGACCAACUUAAUCUGAAUUUUUGAUCUCUAAUACAAUGCCCGCAAUUUGUCAAUGAA